CAUUUAUGACUAUAUUUAGAUUGUAUUUCCUAGAAACAUAUGAGCGUCGAUCGUCGACCAUCAUUUACGAUUUAACUGUAAACAGUGUAACAAUUGGCACGUAGUACGUAGAUAGGUACACAUUAUUUGAUAUUUCAUACUUGUUACGAAAAUGUCACAAAAAUGUGCUAGUGGAGCCGUUAAGCGAAAGCUUAAAAAAGAAAAAGAAGAAAAUAUGAAAAUAUUACUAAAUAAGGUCCCUAAAUUAACUUCUUUUUUUUCGAAAUCUGGUUUUGAAAUGAACGAAUCAUGUGCACAUAAUCUUCAAUCCGUUCAACUGAACAUAAAUCCUGGGCAAAACUUGGGCAAUGAUUCGCAUCCCGGAGAAACUUCUAAUGCUUAUGUAAAAACAUGCAUUCAAAAUAUAGAAAAUGAAAAUUUGUUAAAUAAUAUUAAUAAACCAACUACGGCGAUUAAUUCUGAAACCUCCACACCAUCUACUACUGUUACACAUAUAACUGAUGUUAAUAGUUGGUCAUCCAAUCCAGCUUUAUGGCCCAACAAAAAAAAUCAAGCUGUACAAUACUGGAUACAUAGAAGUAGAUUACUCCCAACCAAAAUUUAA